UUUAUCACUCCCGCACUCCCACUUUGACACGGUCGGAGACAGAAAUUUAUUGUGAUCACUUUUCGCGAGUGUCAAAGGCUGAUUCUUUCAGCAAUUCUUCCGUGAUGCGGUCACUGUGAGUCCGAAUUAUCGCCCGAACCGACGCGCCGAUUGCCGACGCGUGAAAUCUUCCGCCGCUUCGGACAUGUUUCGACUGAACUGAGGUGAAAAGCCUUGAAGAUGUCCUACUUGAUCGACCGAAAGUCAUUUUUCCGAAAGUCCGUUCUGCACCUGGCGAGGUCCCUUGCAGCCAUCCAACCCUCGCCGUGGGAAAAGGUCAAAAGGUUAUUCCAGCUAUGCCCUCAAGAAACGCAGCAGGGCGUUUACAGGAUCGACCAGAGAGGUCAAGACGCGGCCAUCGCCCUAGGGGUCUAUUUCCUAGAGUCAAACCUCCAACACAAGGACAAGAUCUUGCCCUACUUGCUGAAGCUCCUCAAAGCACUGGCGAAGGCAAUUUGGCUUGAUGAAGUCAAAUACGUUAGAUCAGAAAAAAUUCCUGCCACUGAGAGGUUUAGUUUCUUGCUGAAUACCAUUUUGAGUGACAUUGCUUCGAGAGAUGAAGACGCAAGAACCGAAAUCAUCAGCACUCAAAUUGACUUCUUCGGGGUUUUGGUUAACCUCAGUCGCUCCCACAAAGAUCAGCGUAGCCCUCGAGGAUCCACUGCCAGAUUGACUUUGUGCAAAGCCACAAUUCCAGUUUUGAUGGGAAUGGCAAGAGCUAUGGGUCGUUUCGGCAACCCGAAUGAAACACCCCUUAUUUCUAAAAUCUUUCCUCCGACUCCACCUUUGCCUCCGGAACAGAAGCAAAAGCCCGACAACGAGAUUAACUGUAGCAAGACGAGAAACUUUGCCCAGUUCCGAACUAUUAUUCCUAGAUCUCUCUCAGGAAACAUGCUGGCUCAGGAAAACCAAGACAUUCCAGACUCUUCGUUUUCGAAGUUCUCCUCUCUGACCAAAACAGACUCAAACUUUGAUCCCACUUUGUAUUUCUUUACCAAAAUUGGAUCUAGUUUUACUCAACUGCCAACUUCAACGAACUACUUCUCUAUCAUUCACCUUCAGAGUGUACUUGCUCUUGCCAAAAAGAUCCUCACCAAAGACAUCCUCGCUUUCAUUGACGAGCAAGCGUCCGAAGUCUACCUGGCUGGGCAUGCAAAAGUUUUUCCUUACAAAAGUGUCAGUCAGGCACUGACCCUGGCUAUUGUUACUUUACUUAGGGAGCUGUUAAAGCCACAAAAUGAUCUUCCUGUGCCGUUCACAAAGGAUGUGCAAGAGUUUGUGAAGGAAUUGUUUUUGUCUGGUCAAACCGAGCUGCAAAAUCGACAACACGAUGCCACCUCUAAGGAGAAUCCUGCCGACUCUGCGCCUGUCGUAAAUACCUUCAAAGUGAACGUCAUGGCUAAUUCUGCUUGUGUCGAACUUUUGGUUUGGGCAGUUGCAAAUGAACAAGAGGCUGACAGCCUGUGUGGUCGGUUGACAGAGAAAAUAAAUCUGAACCAAAACUACAAGGUUCUGCUCGCCCACAUGCCCUUGCUUAUGGUUUGCCUUGAGGGACUUGGCAAGCUAGCACAACGAUUCCCAAGCAUUGCAAGCACUUGCAUCAGUUGCCUGAGAGAAUUUUUAGUCACGCCAUCACCAAUUCUCUCAAAGUUACGUCUGCAGCACCAAACACUCAUCUGUGCCAAGAAAUUCAACGUUUCGCUGGACGGAAAGAAUCUGGCUCACCACACAGCCACGCAAGUUGCGUAUGAGCAGCUGCGAGAUGUUGCCAUUGAGAACCUCUGCAUAGCCCUUCAAGCCUCCAUUGUGGUUGACAUUAACUGCGUCAAAGCCCUGGUGGCGUCUGUCUCGAACCGCCUCUUUACUGCUGAAAAAUCCGACAAUGAGUCAACCCUAAUCAGCACCAAUAUAGUCACAAUGCUGGGGCAUGUGGCUGUAGCUCUGAAAGACACCCCGAAGACAACGGAAACCAUUUUGCAAUUCUUCCAGCAAAGAUUUUGUCGAACGCCAUCGAACUUGGAUGUUCUGAUUGUGGACCAACUUGGCUGCAUGAUAAUUGCCAAAUGCGAACCUGCUAUUUACGAAGAAAUAAUGAAAAUGUUCACCAUGGUGACAAUCGAAGCAAGUAGCACUUCUUACGCAGCCUCUGGAGAGGAACGGAAAAUUCAAUACAAGCACGUUUCUGGGGCAGUAGUGAAUGUUCUGGCCAAUAUUGCUGCCAGCCUGCAAGGAGACGCUGAAAUGCAUGAAUUGCUCGUGAGAUUGUUGGAGUUGUUUGUGCAGCUAGGUCUGGAGGGAAAAAGAGCUUCGGAAAAAGCGCCCGGUGCUCUUAAAGCUUCAAGUAGCGCUGGAAAUUUGGGGAUGCUGAUUCCUGUAAUAGCUGUAUUAGUCCGGCGUCUGCAGCCUAUUCGGCAGCCGAAGCCACGCUUGUUGAAGCUUUUCAAAGACUUCUGGCUCUACUGUGUUCUCAUGGGUUUCACAGCUGCUGAUUCUGGUCUCUGGCCGUCUGAGUGGUAUGAUGGAGUAAAGGAGAUUUCAGUUAAAUCACCGCAGCUGGUGUCGCAGACUUCGUCUAGAUCAGAAAUGCGCGGAAUGCAGUACACCUCGGCCGUACGAACUGACAGUGUCUCAGUGAAUGAGCUUCAAGAACUAAAGCUGCAGGUGCUUAGCCUUCUUGAGCACCCACAAGACGUGACCCCGUACAUCAACAAGUUCCCUUUUCCCGAGUGCACAUACCUUUUGUCCGUGUACUGGCUGGAGACCCUUAGGGUAAAAAAUUCUUCUCAGCCGUCAUUGGAAACCAUUUUGGAAUAUCUGAACGACUCUGCCAUUCUGCAAGACAAGGGAGGAAUGUGGCACUGCAUCAACAGUGUCGCUGAUAGAGUUUUUGCUGCUCUGCUGGACGUCAUGUCAGAGAAACCCCACGAUGAAGCCAGGGAACAGGAGUUGGAACGCCAUGCCCAGUUGCUCCUAGUCAACUUUAAUCAUCCUUUGAAACAAAUCCGGAGAGUGGCUGAUAAAUUCCUGUCUGGUCUUGUUGACCGAUUCCCCCAUUUGUUGUGGAACUGCCACAUUUUGUGGAGCAUGCUAGACACUUUGACUGUUUUGGCUUCGGCUUUGGUGCUGGACCCGAACCAGCCAGACGCACCGUCUUACGUUGAUGUGCCCAACACUCCCUACAAAAUCAAGCUUGUAGAUACUCAGGAAGGACGAGUUAGCAUUGUCGAAGACUUUGCUGAGCGUUGUAAUGGAGUCUUGCAAGAGGCUCUUCGAUGGGCACCACAUGUUACGCGAUCUCACCUUCAAGACUAUCUUAACCUGGCCCCUUCAAGAAACAUAAAAGGCACUGUAUCCUCGUCGGGUCAACAUGCCCAGGCUGGUGUUGCUCUGGCCACGGAAUGUAUGAUGAAAUACACUAGUCACCCUCAAGUCCAACAACCCACUGGCGCUCUGGUACAAGAGAGGACCGUUGCAAGUGGCCGAGCUGAGCUCUCUCGAAUGAUGGCGUCUCUCUCACUACGAAGCAGAUCUGCUGGUGAAGUUGCAGGUUUGGUUGCCGGUCUUCAAGAUCAUGGAGAAGGAGGAGCCUAUGAGAGACUAGCUGACGUCCUUGUUUUCAAAUUGUGGGAUGCUUGCAAGAAGAGGAGUGACUCUGAGCAUGCGACCUGCCUUUGGAGGUCAACGGCACUGCUUAUUUGCUCUCCGGGCGUCUACAGACCUCUUUUGCAUGCUGUUGCUUGGUCACAAGUUGAGCUCUUUACAGAACAAGCCAUGCUCACUGCAGUUGAUUGUUGGAGGUGGCUGUUGACAGCUCGAGUGGAUCUUGAAGCCUCUUUCUUGCAAGAAAUGUUGGCUGCCUGGCAGAGUACUCUAGAGAAAAAACUGGGUCUUUUCUCAAAAGAUGAUGAGGGAGUAGUUCCCUUGGCUGCUUACGAAGGCUGUUUGUUAGAGCCAGACCCACCUCUGCUGCAGCCACAUAACAUUUGGGUGCAGUUUUUGGCCGAGUUGAUUGAGACGGCCAAAUAUUGCAGCCAAGACCAAGUUGAAAUGCUGGCCAUGGUGCUGCACCAGUCACUUCCACUCACAGUAGGAGCACAGACCGGCCAUUUGACAAGGCACAUAGCUGCCGUGGGAGUCAGAUUUAGAUUGCUGUUGUGUGCUUUAUCAAUGCUGCAAGGAGACGGUUUGCCUAAGGGAAGUCUAAGCAAAAAUAUUCUUCGAGAGCGGAUUUACUGCACGACUUUGGACUACUUCUGCUGUGUGCCUGGUACCCCCAUUCAACACGGUGCAGCUUUAAAAGAAGAUAUGACGGUUGUAAUUAAAUUUUGGACCAAUAUGCAUGCAGAGAAGAAGUACUUGAAAGGCUCCAGUGGAGACCAGGUAAAAAGUUUUUUUUUUACAAAAUUGGUGCUGAUGAUUUAAUUUGGAUAGCUGUUGUCCGCUGUGAGCAAUUCUUUGUCAACUGUGCAGCAAGAUACACAGUCAAUAUCAGGUCUCGUGCCAUCAAUAUUAGGAGAUAGGGGAAGUUUGUCUGGUGACUUAGCCAAGCCAGUGUCAGGCUGGAUGAACACUGUGCCGCUCUCUUCUUCAACAAACACUCUUUCCAAAAGAUCUACAAGAAGCAAGCAAGCCGGUCCGACUGGAACAGGAAUGAAAGACUAUAUCAAGAGAAGGAACCUAAUCCUCGAUCUCUUAGCUAUAGAAAUUGAAAACUUAUCCACUUGGCGCAACCCUGUAGCAGGAGAGCAGUUAAUUGCUGGAGAGGCCAACAUCCAGACGUGGCUCUCAAAGCCAAUGAAAGGCUUGACAGAGACAGCUCGACUAGCAUGGGACAUCAGUCCUGCCCUAGCCGUUUUCCUUCCUUCACGUUUGAAGAUGAACGAAACAGUCAUAUCUGAAGUCAGUCGCCAGGUGCGGUUCAAGCCCGCCUUGGUCGCUCACAUUUCCGAGGGUCUGCAGUAUUUGGUCAACACCGAGUCUUUGAUCAAUGACGCCUACGAGCUGGUGCACACACUAACCUGGGCAAGGGUGUCUCCUGUGGCUGCACUUGCAUUCUUCUCUAGACAAUAUCCUCCCCAUCCGAUCACUGCACAAUAUGCAGUCAGGGUGCUGAGCAGCUAUCCACCUGACGCUGUCCUUUUCUAUAUACCGCAACUUGUUCAAGCAGUCAGGCAUGACACGAUGGGCUAUGUUACAGAGUUCAUUAAGUACAUCGGAAAGAAGUCGCAAGUUGUUGCGCAUCAAGUAAUUUGGAACAUGAACACUAACAAAUACCUUGACGAAGAGGGCCACAAUAAAGAUCCCGCUCUUUAUGACACGCUUGAAGCUCUGACAAAGUGUAUUGUUUCGACGCUCUCUGGACCAGCAAAGCAAUUCUACGAAAGAGAAUUUGACUUCUUCGAUAAAAUCACUGGAGUUUCCGGAGAAAUUCGACACUUCCCGAAAGGCCCUGAACGUAAGCAGGCGUGUUUGGACUGCUUGAGGAAAAUCAAAGUCCAACCAGGAUGCUACCUGCCAUCUAAUCCAGAAGCUAUGGUGCUUGAUAUCGAUUACAACAGUGGCACCCCUAUGCAAAGUGCUGCAAAAGCACCAUUCUUGGCCCGCUUCAAAGUCCGUCGGUGCGGAAUUGCUGAACUAGAGCAGCUAGCUAUGAAUGUGUCGAAACAUGGAGCCAUGCAUGCAAAUCCCUCAUCAAUUGCUAACGAAACUUGGCAGGCUGCAAUUUUCAAAGUUGGUGAUGAUGUGCGUCAAGACAUGUUGGCUCUGCAGGUGAUUGGAAUUUUUAAGAACAUAUUCCAAAAAGUUGGAUUGGAUCUGUACUUGUUCCCGUACAGAGUUGUUGCCACUUCUCCUGGCUGUGGCGUCAUCGAAUGUGUUCCAAAUGCCAAGUCCAGGGAUCAACUUGGAAGACAAACAGACUUUGGGAUGUAUGAGUACUUCAUUAAGAAGUACGGUGAAAACACUCUGGAAUUCCAGACGGCACGCAGAAAUUUCAUCACUUCAAUGGCUGCAUACAGCGUAGUUGGAUUCUUGCUCCAAAUAAAAGACAGACACAAUGGAAACAUUAUGUUAGACAACGAAGGCCACAUCAUUCACAUUGAUUUUGGCUUCAUGUUUGAGAGCUCUCCUGGAGGCAACCUAGGAUUUGAACCAGAUAUCAAGUUGACUGACGAGAUGGUGAUGAUCAUGGGAGGAAAAAUGGAUGCCGUGCCAUUCAAGUGGUUCGUUGAGCUCUGCGUCAAAGCAUAUCUGGCAGUCAGGCCCUACCAAGAAGCAAUCAUUUCACUAGUCUCCUUGAUGUUGGACACAGGAUUGCCAUGCUUUAGAGGACAAACAAUCAAACUCUUGAGGGCUCGUUUCCAACCAAAUGCAUCAGAACGAGAGGCAGCAGCGUACAUGAUUUCGAUCAUCACAAAAUCAUGCCUCAAUUUCAGAACGAAGACAUACGACAUACUUCAAUAUUACCAAAACCAAAUUCCUUACUAAGAAGCAAUGAAAAGCAACAGAAAGUGCACGGGCCCUCUGAUUUUUUGUGAUAAUUUUUGUGUUUAUUUAAUAUCCAGUUUUUCUCUUCAAAGGGGCCAUGAAGUCCAAAGUUCAGUUAUGAUAGUAAAGAUUUAUUGCAUGUAUUAUCAAAGUGUUUAACCAAACUAAUUGUACUUAAAAUUGGCAAUAACUCAAUCAAUGUAUCUUGUUGUAACCAUAUCAAUGUAAAGCUGUAAUGUUACUGUUGGUAGUUUUGUUCCUGUAAUCAACAUUCCUUUGCUUGUUAGCCGCUUUAUGGAUGUACUGUUAAAUUAUUUUUCUGAACCUUUGUUCGCCAAGAAAUAAAUUAUAACUGUUACAUAGA